UUAAUGCUGAAGCCAGUAUCUCUGAUGUCUCACACGCAGUUAAUGCUGAAGCUGAUACUCUUUGUGAUAAUGUGGUUGACAAUGAAGCUAGUACUUCUCAUGAGAAUACAAUUAACAAGGAGCCUAGCAAUACAG